AUGAUGCCCCAGCAGGAGAUGGAGCAGAUGGGCCAGUUCAAGAUCACAGUCUGGGAGGAGGAGAACUUCCAGGGCAAGCGCUGCGAGUUCAUGCUGGAGUGCCAGAACAUCAUGGAGAGGGGCUUCAUCAAGAUCCGCUCCAUCAAGGUUGAGAACGGACCCUGGGUGGGUUAUGAGUACCCCGAGUUCCAGGGACAGCAGUUUAUCCUGGAGAAGGGAGACUACCCUCGCUACGAGGCCUGGAGUGGAAACAGCAGCUACAGAACCGAGCACAUGCUUUCCUUCAGACCCAUCAAGUGCGCUAACCACAGCGACAGCAAGGUGACCCUGUACGAGUGUGAGGACUUCCAGGGCCGCAAGUUCGAGAUGUGCGACGACUACCCCUCCCUACAGGCCAUGGGCUGGUGCAGCAAGGAGGUGCCCUCCAUCAAAGUCAACUCAGGAGCCUGGGUGGCCUACCAGUUCCCUGGUUACCGUGGCUACCAGUACAUCCUGGAGAGAGACAGACACCAAGGCGAGUACAGAAACUACAAUGAGUUCAGCACCCAGGCUCACACCAACCAGGUGCAGUCCAUUCGCAGGAUCCAGCACUAA